GCCCUGACGUGAGGACACACACACCUGCCUGGCCCUGACGUAAGGACACACACACCUGCCUGGCCCUGACGUGAGGACACACAUUGAUUCCCACCUAUUCUCUAACUGACACCAGACACGGAUGCUUGUCCCUGAGGUCAGUGUCUGUUGUGUUGCUAUGUUUCAGAAUGAGCAGUGUAACAGUGUCACACACACACCAAACAUGUUCUUGUGCGCUCGUACACAGACACACACACAGACUCAGACACACAUGCAUUAAUGUGUAUAACUGGUGUGUUUCAGGAUGAGCAGGGUGACAGUGGCAUGGUUCUGCCCUCUGGGGAGCUCAAACGUCUCAGAUGGAACAGCGGCUCCAAGAGCAGGAGCCUCACAAGGUUCUUCACCAUCAGUAAGUGCAGGGAGAACCUGGUGCCCUGCAUGUGUAAUGACAUCACUGGUCUUCAUGAAGACGAGCUGCCUGUCCUCCCAUGCGACUGUGACGAGGGCUGUUCCCCUCCGCCCAACUACAACUCUGCCUUCCUCUACCCCUCCCUCUAACAUGUAUGAUAGCCACUGAGUUAUUUGCACUAACUGACACAUGUAUUUAAUGUACCUUACCAGUCAAAUGUUUGGAAGCUGUCAUCAAGGCAAAGGGUGGCUACU